UGACUUUUUAAGAACAUGGUGCUUUGUAAAUUUUUAACAAUCUUGCUACUGAUCAACGUUGUGUCCAGCAAGAACAUCAGUAAUGAAGUUUUAGAAAACGGACAGGCCCCUUGUAAGGGUAUUGAUCUCGUCUUCCUUCUGGACACGUCUAGAAGUAUUUGGGGACCGGACUUCAAAAAGCAAAUGGCUUUCGUCGAAAACAUUAUCGAUGAAUUUAAAAUUGGACCGGACAUACAUGACACAAGAGUUGGUGCAAUAACCUUUGCACAGACGUUCUGGCCCCAAUUUUAUCUGCGAUCAUAUCUUGACAAACGAAGGGUGAAAACUGCAAUUCGGUACAUCAGGCACAAAAAUGGCUACCGCACGAAUACUGCUGCGGCACUGAAGUUCUUAUAUGGUUAUAUGUUUAAUGAAAGAUACGGAGGACGACCGCAUGCUAAUCAUGUUGCAAUCAUCAUCACUGACGGAAGAUCACAAAAUAGAGAAUCCACUCUAGAGGCUGCGAAAAUUGCCAGAGAAAAGGGUAUUCAAAUAUUUGCCAUAGGUGUUGGGAAAUACCUUGAUGCUGAGGAGCUAGAAGGUAUUGGAAGUCAACCAAUUGGACAGCAUGUCUUCACAGUCUCAUCCUACUCAGAACUUGGUGGUAUUAAAGACAGAUUACCAUCGAAUGCAUGCGAAGUGACCACUACGACCACCACAACCACCACCACAACACCUCGACCUUCCACAACUAAAGCAUCCUAUGACGUGUUGGUACCAGCGGCGUUCUACAAGUCGCACUAUUACCAGUAUCACGAUCAAGCCAAUACCAAUAAUUACCACAAGUUCUUCAGCGACAAGCCCGCUGACUAUUGUGGAAAAAAGGAGGCAGAUAUUUAUUUUGUACUAGAUGCUUCUAGCAGUAUUUGGAAAGUGGACUUUGAUAAAGAACUUAACUUUGUCAAUGAAAUGAUAGAUGAUUUAAAGAUUGACAACGUGCAUGGAAGGAUCAGAGCUGGAGUGGUAGUGUUUAGCAACAGAACAAGAAAUGUUGUUGCUCUGGACUCCAAACGUACACAGGCGGAGCUCAAGCGACAGAUCAGUGGUGUUACAUAUAGCAGAGGCGUUACCAACACAAAUGAAGCCAUCAGAUUCGUCCGCCAGUACGGCUUCCGAGAAGGAGUCACUCGUCCCGGUGCUAUCAAAAUUGCGAUUGUCAUGACUGAUGGCAUUUCAAGGUUACCUCGAAAAACUAUGGAGCAAUCUGAGCUUGCAAGAAAUGAAAACAUUACUAUCUUUGCAAUUGGUAUUGGAAACAAAGUUGACAAAACAGAGUUGAAGAGAAUAGCAAAUGACCCUAAUAGCAAGCACGUCUUCCACGUCAGUGAUUUUAAUGGUCUUCAUGCAAUUAAAGAUUUACUGGUACUCUCUACAUGUGCUGUUAUACCAGACGUACCUCAAAACCUUCAAACAUGUAGUGGAGACAAAGAAACAGAUGUCCUGUUUGCGUACGACGUUUCGAGUCUUGGAUUUAGGAAAAGUGAAGUAAUUGGCCGAUUUAUCCACACACUUGUAUCCAGUCUCGACCUGUCGACCGGUAAAGUGAAUGUUGGCCGUAUCACUGACAACUGUCCGCGCUACAGCAACGUACCACUUGGACGUGAUACUAAACUGUUCACAGAGCUCAAAUUCCCUGGUAUAGGACAGUUACUAAAAUCCAUGAAUAAGAGUUUCCCAGUCAGUUCAAAUGUGAAGAGAAUUGGUGUGCUAGUUGUGGACGAAAGUACGACUGGGGAGAGAGAAGCCGUAGAAUUUAUAAAGAAAAAUAACAACUUUGAGCUGAUGGUCAUCGCCAUUGGGGACCGACAAAACACAGCAUUUGCAGCAGAUCUGGCUUCCGAUCCUGACUUUAAUUUUCUUGUACGGGUGCCCCAGUACUCUGAUCUGAGCACAUCGUUCAGUAGAGUUCUUGAUAAACUUUGCACAGCCAUAAAGAGGUCGUUUGUGCUUAGUUUGAAUAGCUAAAAAAAUUUCUUUAUUACAUUCUUAGCUUAUGGUACAGGAGUACAGACGUGUAACAAAUUUCGGCAAAAUUUUCAUACUACCAUUGUCGUUUUUAUCUGAUUUGCUUUUUGAUUUGUUAAAGAGUUAAUUGUUUUAUGUUGACCACUUUUUUUUUUCUACAUAUAAGGUUUAAGACAAAUUUUACUUGUACGAAUAUUAAAUAAUAAAGAUAUACAGUGUAAAAAUGUUUGAUAUCCAAUGGUUUAACGCUCUUGGCUAUGCGAUAACAAACAUCAAAGGUAAAUUUUUCUUACUAGUUUUCUUUAACGAGUCACUAAGUUCCUUUAACAGGGAAUCGAAUAGAUAAACAAUUUAACACAAAUCCGAGUCAUUCUUUAGCUUAAGGAAUUACGAAUAAAAGUCGAACAUAUCGUAGGCCAAAACAAAGCAACAAUAUUGAAAUAUAAUACAAAAAAAUCUUUAUUUUCUAUAUUAUACCAACUUUGGUACAUUUUAACAGAUUUUCAAACAAAAUAAAUAGCAUAUGGAAAUGGUUCUCUGUGAUUUAUGAUGAUCACUUUAAAAAGAUCACUCCGUGCAGAGUGAAUUUAUUCAUUUAUUAUUGUGGGAAAAAAUCGGAUUUAGAAAAUUGAAUGACUAUGUACCAAGUUUACUAUCCAUUAAGACGACAUCUAAAUCCUUUUUAUUGUACAUGAAUGUUUUGUUAUGCUCUUACAUUUAAUCAUCGCAUUUCAUAGUUUGUUUAACUAGAGCAUUGAACUAAUGAAUUUCUAGAGCAGUUUAUGAUUCUGUCAUAAGUGAUAUAGACGGACAAAACAAUUAGUUUUUAUAUCCCAAAGUCAUUUUCAUGCAAUUGCCACGGGUCUGAAAAGGUUACAUGUACAAGAUUUCUUUUUUUGUUUUUAUAUUCUUAUAUUUACAUUUCUAAUGUCUUUGUCCGAGAUAAAAUUACAACUUGUAAAAAUACUUUAUUUCUACAUAAAUCUACUGGUUCAUCGAUAGGCGCGGUUAAAAAAAAAUCACGUGCGGGGCGGGACAAAUAGAGACAGAAGCGGGACUAUUAGCACGGGAAUUUGCAGGAGCAUGUAAAUAUAAGGAAUAACUGUCAGAUUUUUUGGAUUCAUGACGAUGAUCAAUCGAUUGGCUUGCGUGAUAAUUUUAUGCAUAAACGCCUUCGGCGUUUAUGCAAAUUAUCACGCAAGCCACUCGAUUGAUCACACCAUGAAUCCAAAAAAUAAGACAGUUAUUCCUUAAGUACAUAGUUCCCAAUCUUGAAAUAUAUACAUGUACAUGUAUAUAAAUUAUUUUACUUAAAUAUUUUAUACCAUAAAAUGUGAAUAGUUUUGAAUCAAUUAUUAUAACCAUAGUCUCUUUUAAUAUUUCACAAAAUUUUAAAAAUAAAAAUGAAUUUUAGAACUGAAGUCCACUAUGUCUCAUUCCAUUCUCCAAAAAUGACCCUCAAAAAUACACAGACUUUAAAAAUUACUUUAUUGUCAUUCUAUUCAUUGAAAUAUAAAACAUUAUAUAUGAAUGUACUUUUCAGACUAAAAUAAAGUACUGAACAAUC